GAGCUGCUCUCAGCCAAUCAGAAUCGCGGAUCACGCUCCGACAACAAACAAAAGAUCGAGGUUAGCAGAGCUGGUUAUACUUUGUCCCCCAGCAACAACGACCCGCUCCUCUGUCUUUUAACUACUUUAUUCCGAACCUGUGCGACAGACAGCCUUCUUCUAGUGUCUCUAUUUAUGGCUUUGUGUCGGCUGAUGUCAACCUGAGACAUUUCAGCGAUCGCUUUGCCUUCGCUGGCCAAGCUAACCGCGUUAGCUGCUCGGCUAGCUGUGCUAACCCUCCUCUUCCUCUCUCCUCUCCCUCUUUAAAAACUUGACACUGACUGACACAAGUGGCGCUGGCUUGUUGCUGACAAGCCACUUUACUGAAACUCGUGUCAUAGCCAUGUCUGGACAGUCGUCAGGCUGUGGGUUUCUGAUGUCGGUUGUUGUCCACGGAGACUCGGCUCUGAACGAGCAGGAAAAGGAGCUCAACCAGCGGCUCCGGCGGCUCUAUCCAGCCGUUAAUGAGAACGAGACUCCGCUUCCUCGCUCCUGGAGCCCGAAGGACAAGUUCAGCUAUAUCGGGCUCUCACAGAACAAUCUCCGUGUUCACUAUAAAGGUCAUGGCAAAACCCCUAAAGAUGCAGCGUCUGUACGGGCCACUCACCCAAUCCCAGCCGCCUGCGGGGUCUACUACUUCGAGGUUAAGAUCAUCAGCAAAGGCCGAGAUGGGUACAUGGGCAUCGGCCUGUCAGCUCAGGGUGUAAACAUGAACAGACUCCCCGGUUGGGACAAGCACUCGUAUGGUUACCACGGAGACGACGGCCACUCCUUCUGCUCAUCCGGCACCGGGCAACCUUACGGACCCACGUUUACAACGGGCGAUGUGAUUGGCUGCUGCGUUAACCUCAUCAACAACACCUGCUUCUACACAAAGAACGGUCACAGCCUAGGUAUCGCCUUCACAGACCUACCACCUAACUUGUACCCGACCGUGGGUCUCCAGACCCCAGGGGAGGUGGUGGAUGCAAACUUCGGCCAGCACCCCUUCGUGUUCGACAUCGAGGACUACAUGCGCGAGUGGAGGACAAAGAUCCAGGCCCAGAUCGACCGCUUCCCCAUUGGAGAGCGUGAGGGCGAGUGGCAGUCCAUGAUCCAGAAGAUGGUGGCUUCCUACCUUGUGCACCACAGCUAUUGUGCCACAGCUGAAGCCUUUGCCAAAUCCACUGACCAGGCCGUUCACGAGGAGCUGGCCUCCAUCAAAAACCGACAGAAGAUCCAGAAGCUGGUGUUGUCAGGUAGAAUGGGCGAGGCCAUCGAAACCACCCAGCAGCUCUACCCCAGCCUCCUGGAGAGGAACCCAGACCUUCUCUUCAUGCUCAAGGUGAGACAGUUCAUAGAGAUGGUGAAUGGGACGGACAGCGAGGUGAGGUGUCUCGGAGGUCGCAGCCCAAAGUCUCAGGACAGUUACCCCGGCUCCCCCCGGCCCUUCAGCAGCCCCAGCCACAAAGCCAGCAGCUCCCAGUCCUACCUCACAGGGUUCGACAGCAACUGCUGUAACGGUGUGACGUCUAAUAAGAGCCACAGCUCCUCCCCUCACAGUCAUAAGCCCUGCCCUCCAGCCUCUGGCUCCAUCCUCCCUGCGUCUGACAUUAGCCUCAACGGGAGCCGCAGCCAACAGCCCAUAACAAGUAACGACGUGGACAUGGAGGUCGACCACUUCACCAAUGGAGUGACAGAAUCGUCCUCCAAUGGUUUCCUCAACGGCAGCUCCAAACACACCGCCGAGCCCGACGACUGCGACGCAGACAUGGAGGUGGAGUCUGCUCAGUCCAAGAGGCAGCUGUGCGGCGGGAGCCAGGCGGCCAUCGAGAGAAUGAUCCAUUUCGGCAGGGAGCUCCAGAGCAUGAGCGAACACCUCCGCCGCGAGUGUGGCAAGAACUCAGCCAACAAGAAGAUGCUCAAGGAUGCGUUCAGCCUGCUUGCCUACUCAGACCCCUGGAACAGCCCCGUCGGCUACCAGCUGGACUCCAUUCAGAGAGAGCCGGUCUGCUCCACUCUCAACAGUGCAAUAUUAGAGACUCACAACCUGCCGAAGCAGCCCCCUCUGGCCCAGGCCGUGGGCCAGGCCGCCCAGUGCCUCGCCAUCAUGGCACGGACUGGCAGCGGCUCCUGCGCCUUUGCCUCUGUGGACGAUUACCUGCACUAGCCCCGUAUAAAUACACGCACACACAUAUAUACAUAUAUAUAUAUACACACACACACAUUCUCUGAAGACCUGUCCAGAAUCGACUCCUUCCACCUCCUCCAUCAGUGUAGUCUUAUUAGCUGAGGAGACGCUCCUCUGCACGAUUAUAAGUAGUAGAAAAUUAACCAUCUCACUCGCUUCCUGUUCAGCUUUUACAGACACGAACACCACAGGGUCAGGAGUCAUUUCUGGGCAGAGCUUUAGAACCGCUAACACACACACACACACACACACACACCACAUACAUUUAAAUAAGCAGACAAACACACACACACACACGCCACUUCCCUUUCCAUCGUAAAUAUUAAAAUAAUGCCUCCACCUUGGUUGGCUUGCAAACCCCCCCACCUCCAGACCAUCGAGGCCGCGUCUGCAUCACUCUGACAGCGGGGUGGGGGGAUGCCAACCAAGAGUAGCCAACUUGAAAAUACUCGGAGAGCCGAACUCGUGUGGAUCCACAGCCCCUGUGUGUACCAUGGGGGGGGGGCGGGGGGGUGGGGCCCUCUAACUGGGGGCGGACAGACUGGCAACCCCUUCCCUUCUCCCCCCUCCUCCCCCGGGUCAAAGAAAAAUGUAAAAACCGGAAAAAACAACAAAAAAAAAAAAAAAAGAAAAAGACGAGUGACCGCCAUGGCUGACCACCCUUUAACGUGGUCCCUGUAAUCCUGGCUUACCAGGCAAACGCGCGCACACACACACAUAUAACACACACGCAAGCAAGCGAACACGGAGGCAAGUGUGACGCUGAAAACAAGGAUUGAAAAAAAAAAUCCAUCUCCUCCACCGAGGCUUGCUGAGUGCUCAAACUCCAGCCAACGCAAAGGCUCCGUUACAGACAGCCUACCCUCCCCUCCACCGACCCCGUCCCCCCUGCCCCCUCAACCCCCCCCCCACUUCCCCCCCUUGCCCUCCACUGACUUCAGGACAUUGGCGGAGAUGUGUGUGACGCAUGUGGACUCGGGACUUCGAAGAAGCCAGAGAGAAUCUACAGUCUCGACUCAACGUUCCCUAUUUUUAAAAAAAAAAAAACUUUUCUUUUUGUUUUUUUUUUUUGUUUUGUUUUUGUUUUUGAUGGGAAAAGUAGGGGGGGGGGGAGUGGGGGAGGCGUGGUUACCUGGCUCUUAUUUUAUUUUUAGUUUUUCCAGGUUUACAAGGCAUGGUGCAGACGACAAUGAUGAUUAUUAUUCUAAUUAUUAUUCUAAUUAUCAUUCUAUUAAUUAUUGUUACUUGCAUUCACAGUAUAUUUGUUGAGCGCCAGCAAGAGCAAGUUCCACCAACUUAUUAUUAUUAUAAUAAAGGUCCCGAUUCCACCGAUUACCAGUGACAAGAGUGUGUACAUGUUAACGUUUAUAUAUGAAUUUAACAAAAUGGAAUUAUAUCAAUAGAGCGAGAUAUUUAGUUAUCAAAUGAAAGGAAAUCAUUGAGAAAAAAAAAAACAAAAAAACAAAAAACAAUCCUUUUAGUUCUUUGUACUGACACCAGUGACUGCUGAAGCGUGCUGGUUGUUCCCAGUCUGUACACGUUUUUUUUUUUUUUUCUAUGUUUCUCCUUUUGUUGACUCCGGGGUUCCUACACAGGUGGAAAGCCGAUUAAAUUUGACCGUUUCCAGGUCUGUAAAAUGUUGGAAAACUGCUCUUCAGUCGUGAAACACUGAGUUUUAGAACUUAAAAAUUGACACAUGGUGGUACUUGAUGUUAAGUAAUGUGUGAGCUUACAUUUGUUGAUUGUCGGCGUCAAACUGAAAAGAUCCUUCUGGACAAAGUCUGGAACUUCUGACAUGGAAACCCUGUUUAGGAACCCUGUGAUGGUCCUUGAUCCUCUUUUUACUUGUUACCCUCCCAGACCCCCCAGCUGCACAGCAGGUUUGAUGCAAACAUUGUUAAUCUUUAUUUUCGUAUCGAUGUCUAUGCUAAUCCUUAACCCACAAAGAACUCAGGAGCCAAAAUGUCCCUUUGUUCCUCCGUUUCGGUUUAGAAUAGUAAAGUCCAACCGAGCGGCGACUGACCCCAGGCCUCGAUUUACAAGUUGUUGUUUUGGUUUUUUUUGUUGUUUUUUUUUUUUUUGGAGUGGCACAGGCUUUUCAGACUCGAACACGGAGCAGAAAACAGAGCUGGUAUAAAGUCGACCUCUAAACAAACUGUGCGUUUAAUUUAAAGUCGAACUUAAAUUCAAACUCUCCUCACUUUUUGUGUAAGGAAAUAAACUAUAAUACUGCA